AUUAUUUAUUUUUCCCUUAACUUUUCCCUUAAAGCCGAAUCUGAAGCUAACUUCAGCGUCGUCUCCUUUAUGACACAUCGUUUCGGCGGCUGCAGCUGAGACUGUCUGACCAUUCAAACACGCUGUCGGUGUGCGAGCUGACCAGCUACAACAGAGCCGGUCACUUCACUUGUUAGAUAAUGGCUCUUUACAGUGACAAUUAUGCAGCUAAAGCAUGCUCUUGGCCCAGAUAAACCGGGACUCCCAGGGAAUGGCAGAGUUUCAUGAUGCUGACGGGCAGCCGGUCACUCUUUGUCUAACAGAGGCCGUGACAGUGGCAGAUGGUGAUCAGAUGGAGAGCAUGGACACAGUGAGCCUGCAGGCUGUUACUCUUGCGGAUGGAUCCACCGCAUACAUCCAGCAUGACUCCAAAGCAUCCUUUUCAGAUGGACAGAUCAUGGACGGUCAGGUGAUCCAGCUGGAGGACGGCUCGGCGGCCUACGUUCAGCAUGUGUCCAUGCCUAAAGCAGGAGGGGACAGUUUACAGCUGGAGGAUGGACAGGCAGUGCAGCUAGAAGACGGGACAACAGCCUACAUCCACACACCCAAAGAUGCUUACGACCAGAGCGGCCUGCAAGAGGUGCAGCUGGAGGACGGCAGCACCGCCUACAUCCAGCACACGGUUCAUAUGCCCCAGUCCAACACCAUCCUGGCCAUCCAGGCUGAUGGAACCAUCGCAGACCUGCAGACCGAGGCCACAGCCAUCGACCCCGAGACCAUCAGUGUACUGGAACAAUACACCACCAAGGUGGAGAAUAUCGAGAACCCCUUGGGGUCCUUUGGCAGAGUGGAAGCAGACAAUGGCGUCCACAUGCGGAUUGUCUUGCAGGGUCAAGACAACAGACCAGGAAGGGUCUCAAAUGUAGGAGAGAAGUCUUUCCGCUGUGAAUAUGACGGCUGCGGAAAGCUCUACACCACUGCCCACCAUCUCAAGGUACACGAGCGCUCCCACACCGGAGACAAACCGUACGUCUGUGAUUAUCCGGGCUGUGGGAAGAAGUUUGCAACAGGGUACGGACUGAAGAGUCACUCACGCACACACACUGGGGAGAAGCCAUAUAGAUGUCAGGAGUUGAACUGCUGCAAGUCCUUCAAAACCUCUGGAGAUCUUCAAAAGCACACGCGGACUCAUACAGGAGAGAAGCCUUUCAAAUGCCCAAUCGAAGGCUGCGGCAGGUCGUUUACCACCUCCAACAUCCGCAAAGUUCACAUCCGAACACACACCGGAGAGAGGCCGUACUACUGCUCUGAGCCCAGCUGUGGACGGUCCUUUGCCAGUGCCACUAACUACAAGAACCAUAUGAGGAUUCACACCGGUGAAAAACCAUAUGUGUGCACCGUGCCUGGCUGUGAAAAGCGCUUCACAGAAUACUCCAGCCUUUACAAACACCAUGUGGUUCAUACACCGUGUAAACCUUACAACUGCAACCAUUGUGGGAAAACCUACAAGCAGAUCUCCACGCUCGCCAUGCACAAACGCACAGCACACAACGACACAGAGCCCAUCGAGGAGGAGCAGGAGGCUUACUUUGAACCCCCCACAGAUGCCAUUGAUGACCCCAACGUGAGCUACACAACAGCAGUGGUCGAGGCCGAUGACUCUGGCUCGGAGCAGGUUCCCGUGGAGAGCUCAGACAUGGUUGGUCAGCAGCACGUUGCCUUGGUAACACAGGAGGAUGGAACACAACAGCAGGUCAGUAUCUCUGAAGCAGACUUACAAGCUAUGGGUGGCACAAUCACCAUGGUAACCCAAGAAGGCACAACCAUAACCAUCCCAGCCCACGAACUAGCAACGCAAGGUGCUCACUCAGUUACCAUGGUAACAACAGACGGCUCAGAUGAACAGGUGGCCAUCAUGGCACCCGACAUGGCCUCGUUCCAAACUGUGGAGGAGGCAGGCUACAACCAAGAACAGGAUGACAUUCAUCCUGUCACGUUAUUGGCCACCUCCAAUGGCACUCACAUUGCUGUGCAGCUCAGUGAUCAGCCUUCGCUGGAGGAAGCCAUCAGAAUAGCAUCAAGAAUACAGCAAGGGGAGUCACCCGGCCUGGAUGAUUGAUGGACACAUUAUGGACUAUGAUUUAGGUUCAAAACCAUCUAAAUUGGACUAUAUCUACAAGAGAAAUCACGAGUCUUCCUCCAAGGCUUUCUUUUUCCACAAAAGAACUUAGCUUUUAUCUGUACAUAGGAUUUUGAUAACUGGAGUUCCGCCAUGCUAUUUUGUCCCUCGACCAAACAGAUGGGAGGAGGGAAAAAAUGCUUUCUAAUGUUUAUGAUGCACAGUGCAAUGUACAGCUAAUGCUAUUUCUAAUAAAAAACAAUGAUUGUGUGAUUA